GAGCUCCAACUUGCCUCCCUUCCGGCUGAAUCCGUUUUUCGGCGUGCGAUUAAGCUUCCCUUUCGCUUUGGAAGCCGGCAUCGGCACCUGGCGGGCGACUCCCCCAUUUAGCAACGCUGGGCUCUUUAUUCUUCAGCCGCGCGCUAAGCUGACGGGCGUUCGCUUUUCCACCUCACCUUUUCUGUCCCUCUCGGGCCCCUGUAGCCGAGCCAAGAAGCGAUUGAAAGAGGUCGCAGCCUCAAAAGGCAGGGGGACGCGGCAACUUGGGCCAAGCUGGGCGGAGCUUUCGUGUGACGUCACUGGUUACGUAACCUCGAUCGAUCCCGCGCCAAAUUCGAACGCCGGCGGGGAAGAAUAAAGCGGCGUUUGGCAUAGCCGCCGAAGUGCGUUCCCGCGCUUUUUGUCCUUCCUGCGCUGCCGUUUCUUUCUGAGGGGGAGCUCCGUCUUUCGAGACCGGCCGGCCGUUUCCAUGGCAACUCCACCCAAACGAAGCCGGGCCAGCGUGAAGAAGAUCGCCAUUGAGGGCAAUAUAGCCGCAGGCAAAUCUACCUUUGUGAAUAUUCUCAAAAAAGCCCGAGAAGAAUGGGAAAUUGUUCCAGAGCCAGUGGCAAAAUGGUGCAAUGUUCAGGACAGCCAUGAUAACUGUGAGGAGCUGACGGCCUCACAAAAGAGUGGUGGAAACCUUCUUCAGAUGAUGUAUGAAAAGCCGGAGAGAUGGUCCUUUACUUUUCAAGCCUACGCCUGUCUGAGCAGAAUCAGGGCUCAGCUCAAAUCUCUUGAAGGGAAACUAAAAGAAGCUGAGAAUGCUGUGGUUUUCUUUGAGCGAUCAGUUUACAGUGACAGGUACAUCUUUGCAUCCAAUUUAUAUGAAUCUGAUUGUAUGAAUGAAACGGAAUGGACUAUUUAUCAAGACUGGCACAACUGGAUAAAUCAGCAGUUUGGAUCAAGCCUGGAACUGGAUGGCAUUAUUUAUCUCCGAGCUACUCCUGAAAAAUGCUUGGAUAGGAUUUACAUCCGCGGAAGGGAUGAAGAACAAGGCAUUCCCAUAGAAUAUCUGGAGAAACUCCAUUACAAGCAUGAAAGCUGGCUCCAGCAUAGGACAUUACGAACAGAGUUUGAAUACUUGCAAGGGGUACCCGUUCUAACGCUGGAUGUAAAUGAAGAUUUCAAAAGCGACAGAAACAAACAUGAAAAUAUGAUUGAGAAGGUCCAAGAAUUUCUGAGUACAUUAUAGCAUCUCCAGAAAUCGAACUGAAGCCGAGUGUUCCCAGCAUUUGGAUCAUUUAUUCGUUUUACCAAUGCUGAUUUUGCUUAACCAGGUUCAACUAUAUUGUACGGUUAAAUAUUGCUAGGAUCUGGUUUUCUGUUUGCUGUGUGUCCAAAUUCCUUAGGUGAAGCCUUUGUGAACAAAUGAACAUGUGUUGCCAAAAAUUGCUGAAGACGGGACUUCUGUGAACAUCCAUCACAUUCUUAUAGCAUGAAUGAAAUACUUCGUUAAAUGUAUUGAUGUCUCUGCAAUUAGCGAAACUUGGAGGAUAUGUCAGAUUUCAUCACCCAAUGAAUCAUCUCCAUUUUAAUUUUUAAUCUACAUUCCUGUGGAUUGAUAUAGGGCAGCAACUCCCCACUUAUAAGCUGGAGAGAAAAAGGUUUCCAAGCUUGCAUUUGACCCACACUUGUAUCAUUAAGUAACAGCGAAACAAUUUUUUGUAGCUUGACUAAGUUAGCAAAAGGCUGUUAAAGAUUAUAGAUAAUCAGAAACAGAUCAUUUUAAAGCAGAAGCAUUUCCCUGGAGCGUGGAUACAAGUGUCGGGUAAGCGAUGAAAGCAGCUAGUCAUUCUUUUCUAUAAGUGUUGUCAUGUUGCAUACAUGUUCAAAAGGAACACAAUUUGCAUUGUGGUGGUUUAGCACUGCUUGUGUUAAGUGAUUAAAAAAAAAUUAUCUCCCCCCCCCUCGUUUUCUAGGAUAGUCUAUUAACUUCCUUCUGUAGAUUAAAAUGGCCAUUUAUAAUUUCUCGUUUAAUUCAAACUUGCUUUUUCCUUCACUCGGAAAGCCAUGCCAAGCUACGCAUCAAAAGUUACAGGGGAGCCAAACAGAAUUACCUAAAUUAGGACUACUUAAUCAUACCUGCAUUGUCCCCAAAUGCAUGGUUGUUUUUAAUUUUCUCUACCUUGGAUUAGUCUAAGCCAGGGGGUCUUCAAACCUGGCUCUUUUAUGACUUGUGGACUUCAACUCCCAGAAUUCCUCAG